GUCUGGCAGCACAGUGCGUUUGUUCGGCUUUUCCAAUUGGAUUUCGGAGUCUGGAUUUUGAUUUGAGCAGACAAACGGAACCGGAAAUCCUGGCCAGAAUUUGGCAAUGAGCAGCGGCACCGCCGGCUGCAAGCGCGCGCACAGCAUCGAGGUUGAGCAGCCGCUGACGUCGGAGCGCCUGGAGCACAGCCUGCUGUUGGUCAAGGGACGCCUGGUGCCCAAGUGUUCCACGGCGCGUCAACUGAAGGCGAUCCUCGAUCUGCCCGAGCACCUGUCCCAGGAGCAGCUCACCCAGCUGUCGGCCGGCGGCGAGUUUAAGCUCCUAUUCGACUUGGAACAAGCGAAUCGCGAGGAGGAGGAGGAGGAGAGCGCCUGCCUCCUGGAGUUGCGAUCCUGCACGGCCACCCGAACGAUUAGCUUCAGUUACCGGCCCCGCCGCAGCUCCUACCGGGUGCAGCCGCUCUACCUGCUCUGUCAGGACGAGGAGAAGACGCUGGCGCAGCAGCACGAGGUGCACUCCCUCAUCGAUCUUAAUUUGCGGCUGGUGCAGUCCAUCUACGCGCACAAACUGCACGCGGCGGGCUUUCCCAACCGCACCUUCACGCUCAACGGCAAGUGCUGCGCCUUCCGCAGCCAGUUGACCCGGAAACAGGCGCUGGCGAAGAGCGAGGACGAGCUGUGGCAGCAUUUCGCCGGCGAGAUUAUCGCCUGUCCGCAGUGGGGCCACCAGUUGCUCCUCAAGUUCGUCGCCUUUGUGGGCUGCACGCGCUACGACGGCGACGCAGUGGUGGCCAGCGGUGACUCCUCGUACGCCAACAUCCGGCGGCAUCUCAAGGGACACGCAGCACUCGGUGGCGGCGGCUUGGCGCUCUUUGGUAGUGCCCACUUCUACGCGUGGCCCACGAGCUUCGCGGAGAUCGGCGACUGUGUGCGCAGCGCCCAGCGGGUGGACAUCGCCCGCCUGCCGGACGAGAGCAACUAUCGGCGGACGUACGGCGGCGUCUAUGCCAGCACCUUGGGCGCCGUGUGCCACGAACUGGGCCACUGCUUCGAUCUGGGCCACACCAGCGAGGGUGUGAUGGGCCAGGGCUUCGACUACUUGAAUCGCGUGUUGACCGUGGACCAGCCCACGGAGCAUUUGCCGCAGCGAAUUGUGGACGCCCGCAGGGGCUCACUUGCCAAUACUAAUUCAUCCGAGGGCGGAUCAUCCUCAUCCAGCUCCACCUCCUCCUCCUCCUCGUCCGCCGGCAGUGGCGCCGCAACGGGCAACCGCGCCCGCCUCACCAAACUGAAAUUGCAGCCAAGCAGCCAACUGCUGGACAACUACCACAACCAGCGACGCCACGAUAGCUUCUAUUUUGCACGCAACUGUGCCGUAAUCCUGGCCCAUCAUCGCUGGCUGAAUUUGGAGCUGGAGCAGACGGCUGCCGUCGACUUUGAGGCGGCCAGCAUACAAUUGAACCGCGACACGCGUGAGAUUCGCUCCAGCAGGCCCAUCCGACUGAUCGAGCUGCGCUGCAACCAGAACAGCCUGGUGGCCCACUACGAGGAGUUCGAGGAGCCGUAUGUGCACCGCUUCCAGCUGCCCGCUUCGCUGUGGCAUCUCCUCGCGGAGCAGUGCACCCACUACGUUUUCGUGCUGACCACCAGUGGCGACACCAAGCGGCUAUCCUGCGAUUCCUCCUAGGAUUGCCGCAGCGCGAGAUUUACCAAUCAGUCGGCGUUCGAAGCGCAUUGGAUACGGAACCAAUCGGAGAGCUAAGGAGAGCAGAAACGCAGCAGAGCAGAGCAGGAAAUUAGAGGACGGAACAGGACAGAACAGGAGCACACGAUGGCAGCCAGCGAGGGAUCGGCGGCGCGCAUUCAGUUCAAGGCGCUGCGCGGAUUUCCGGCCAUCGGCGAUACCGCUGAUAAGCUGGAGACACAGGCCUUUCUCGACGCCUCCAAGGAGAUAGUAACCGUCAUAGAGAGCUUCGGCAAACUAUUCACACCCGUGAUCAGCGACAUGAACGGAAACAUAAACAAACUGACGAAAGCCUACGGAGCGGAUGUGGUCAAGUACCAGUAUCUGGAGGAUCUGAUCGUGCUGAACGUGAACGUGGACGACUUUGCGGCCAACGCGCUGCUCUGGCUGAAGCGCGGCCUGCAGCUCAUAUGCACCUUCUUCGAGAACAUCUACAACGAUGCCCAGGCCAAGGAGGCACUUAAGCAGCAUCUGCAGGACGCGUACGAACGCACAUUGAAGCCCUACCACGGCUUCAUCGUCCAGAGCACAAUCAAGAUCAUCUACAGUUGGGUGCCCACGCGCAGCCAACUGCUGGGCCAGGGUGUCGCCCAGGCGGAGAACAUCGAGGUGCUGACCAGCUUCCUGCCGCGUAUGCGCGCCCAUCUGGACUCGAUCGACGCCCUGCUGAAGGCGCACAACUUGGACGAUGCACGAAAGGUGUGAUCGUUCCUUAGCCUAGCCUAGCCUAGCUUAGCUUAAAUAGCUUAUCCUACUUUAUUAUUUAUGCCCAUGUCCAAGUAAAACGCAGAGCCUUACUUAUAAACC